UAGAAGGUUAGUACCGUGCAGGUGCAGGCUGGUAGGCGAUGUAUAGCUAAUACGUAGCUGACUGUUGACAUCAUUGGUCUUUAGUUUUCGAUUUCGAGUAUGGUUGAUCUGGUAGCGUAUCACGAUCCCGAACAUGCGAACAAGUCGUUCCUUUUCAUGGACAAACUGCGACGCAGCGGAACGCUGUGCGACGUCUCACUGUCUGUUCGUUGUUCCGAUUUGUGGUCGCCUCCACGUCUCUUCAACGCUCACAAGCUCGUUCUCGUGUCGAGCAGUUCGUACUUCAGUUCCAUCUUCCUCGACGAUGCGAGUCAGUACACGCUUCCCAUCUGUUUCGACGAUAUCGAUCCCGAUGCGUUCGAGAGUCUCUUGACGUUCGCGUACACGUCGAAGGUUCACAUUACAGAAGAGAACGUUCAUGCUCUGUUUCAUGCAGCAGACUUGCUUCGAUUCGAUGGUGUACUUGGCGCUUGCUUUCGCUUUCUCAAAUCACGUUUGUGUGCGGACAACUGCCUGAGCUUGUGGACGUUCGCGAGAGCUCAUCGGUGCCACGAUUUGACUAGAUCCGCUUUUAAGAUGAUAGAAACACACUUUACUGACAUUUCUAAACGAGAGGAAUUUCUCAAUUUGACCUCAGACCAGCUGGUUGAUAUUGUAACGAGUGACGAGUUGUGCGUGACGGGAGAGGAAGAAGUUUAUGAGCCUGUCAUUGCUUGGUUCAAACACGAUGUGGAUGGCAGAAAGGAAAAAUUAUGGACGGUCAUGCAGCACAUAAAACUCAAUAUGUUAGGAGGUGAUUUUUUAAUGAAUGUUGUCGAAAGGGAAAUGAUGAUACAAGAAGAUGCAAACUGUUUGGAUCAAUUAAUUGAUGCUUUGGAGAAUUUGUCGAAGGAUACGGAAGGUGGGCCACGUAUGACAAGAAUGGGUAGUUUAUGUUGGAGUGGAAGAAGGCCAACACUGACAAUUGAAGAUAUUACCUUGGCGAAAGGAGGGCGAUCAUUGGGUUUUAGAGUAAUGGGUGGUGUGGAUCGGCCUAGUCAUGUGUUUCGCAUUGGAGAUAAACCUGGACUGUUUGUACUGAAGAUCAUACCUGCAGGAGCUGCGUGGAACUCAUCUCUACGAGUUGGAGAUCGAGUUCUAGCUGUGAAUGGCGUCGAUAUACAACAUUCUACUCAUCAUGAGGCAGUUCAGCUUCUCAGCAAACAAACUGAUGCACUCACCCUAACUGUAAGGCAUGAGCCACCACCACCUGGACUCAAAGAAGUAAACCUUCUGGCAAAACCAGGCCAGGGAUUUGGUUUGAGUAUUCGUGGUGGAGUGAAUGGUUAUGCUGGAAAUCCAGCAGAUCCAAGUGACGAAGGAAUAUUUAUAUCACAGAUAAUACCUGGUGGAGCCGCCUCACAAGAGGUGAACUUGCGUGUGGGAAUGAGAAUUCUACAGGUGAAUUCUCAGAGUUUGCUUGGUGCUACCCAUGUAGAAGCUCGCCGGGCUUUCCAAGAGGUGAUCGACAGACUCAGUUUGCUGAUCUGUAAAGGAUUUGAUCCCAUGCUAGCUGAGCUGCACAACUUGGAUGCACCAUACUACGACUCUGACCUUACAGGAUCCCAUACAAUGCUACGUUACGAGGCUCCAGAAACAAGUGAACAAUUGAGAUGAUAUUUUGCAACAACGACAUGGACAUCGACAAUAUUUAUUGCAGAAUUGAGAACUUUGUAUACCAGAUGUACAAGAUGUGUAGAAGAAGUGUUUUAUUUGACCCAUUGA